AUGGGAUCCACCCUCGGAGGGCUGGAAGCGAAUGAUUGGCAGAUCCCCGCGCCGCCUCCCUUCCGCCCCUUGACGCUGCCGUCCCUCACCCAACCCCAACACCUCCAGACAUCCCAUCCGCCAUCCAAGCUGACUGACAUCAACUCCCAAGUUUCGACUCAAUCUUGUUCAGACUUUGUUUCUCCACCGCCUCAACUAGGAGUUGGAGAUGGUUGCAAUUGCGUCCAAUGUGGAAAGUGCAUUGCUUCAAUGGCAGGUCUGGCAGUUUUAUACAGCCAUCUUGGUGGCUUGGCACCCAUCCCGAGUGCCAUUUGGCUUGAAUUGUCGACGGGAGAAGCUUGCCAGACGGAAACACGGCGGUCACGAGGGCCAGACCACAUAGCAGUGCGAGCGGUCUGGUUAUGGGAAAUGAUCCAAUUUAUCACGCUAUGGCAGAUCCGGAUCGACGUGUUUGUUUGCAAUCUGGCCAGGUUAUGCAUGUCUUGGCACCUCCCUUCUUUUGCUGUCAACUUCUAUUGCUAA